AUGUCUGCCCACCCAACUCGCUCAGGCAGACACUCUUUACCCCCCUCAGCCCCCUCCGCCGCCCGGGCAUCGACUGCAUCGGCAAGUGGAGGAAGUCAUCUGCGAGACGGUGGAGUGGGCAAUGCAAAGUCGCCCCUCUCCAUUUCGAUCUCGCUUGGUAAUCUGCGCGGGGCGAGUGAAGGAUCCAGGAGCAGCCCAGCGCCUGCUGGGGCCGGGAGCAGUACGGGGGCAAACGGGAGUGGGAGCGCCAGGUCUGCCGCUGGGGGCGUCACGACUCCAGGAACGGGUCCGAAGAAAGACAAGCCAAAGAAAAAGAGGGGGAUGAAGGGGUGGGCGUGGGUUAUAGAGGAUGAGAAUGGGAACGUGGUGGAUAUACCGGAUGAGGAGGAUGGUCGGGCGGGCAAGGGCAAAAAGGUCGUCGCUGUCGAUGAUGGGGACGCCUCUUCGAGUGGCCCUCCCGUUGAAUUUCAGACGCCUGUGGUGAUCACUGCGACGACCACUGCCGAUACAGUGCUCCAGACGCCUCGGGAAGAGGAAAAGGUGGUGCGCGAAGAGGUGCAGACGCCCAAGAGCCAAGGCAAGUGCUAUAGAAGGGCGUGUGGCAUGUCUGUUGACUGA